ACCUACACCUGGCCGCUACCACGAGCCCCACGCAUGCCCGUCAGUACUGUUGGUUCGACGAACAACGAUUCGGAAGAUAGUUGCGUGAUAUGUCUCUCAUCUCUUACCGAGAGGGCCAUCACCGUGCCGUGCAACCACUACACGUUUGACUUUGUCUGUCUGGUGUCAUGGCUGCAGGAACAGUCGACUUGUCCACUAUGCAAAGCACAAGUUACUGCUGUCCAGUAUGACUGGCGCUCUCCGACCGACUACAAACAUUAUGCCGUUCCGCACAGCCACCCUCCCAGCAAUGCGCCUCACAGUCGCACUAAUCGGCCCGCCUCUCUCUUUGCCCCUUAUGGGCUACCGAGAAGACCACGAGGUCCGCGUCGUCCAUAUUCGCCACCGGUAGAAGACGUCGCGCUCCGUAGGCGUAGGGACGUGUAUCAGAGGAAACUGUAUUCGCUGCACGUGGGAAGCAAUCCAUAUUCUGGAUAUCGUGACAUUUCUCCGCAGUUAAUCGCAGAGUCUCCUGAUCUGCAGUCAAAAGCUCGUUCAUGGAUUCGGCGGGAAUUGCGCGUGUUCACUUUUCUACACGCCGACCCUACAGAUCCAUCCCCUGCGGUAGCGGCGACAAGCAGCAACGCCGAGUUUCUAUUAUCUUAUAUCGUGUCGAUCCUGAAAAUGGUCGACUUGAAAGCAAGCAACGGCCAUGCCGAAAACUUGUUGACCGAAUUUCUAGGCAGGGACAACAGCAAGCUCUUCCUGCAUGAGCUCAACGCGUGGUUGAGAAGCCCGUACACCAAACUGGAAGAAUGGGACCAGGAAAACCAAUACCGGUGACAACAGAUCCGGCAGUCACAUCGUGGACUGCGCUAUUUCAGCCCUGCAUCAUUUCUGUGCUUGGAACGCGCGAAAGCUUAAAGCUUACUCCGCAUUACCUUCACCACUAUCUCCAUUGCCGUAAGCUUAGUCUUGAACUGGACACGUCUGGAACUAUCUUCUCGCAAUAUGUAGUGUUCGGCUGUUUUCAUAAUACCGUUCGAGACGUUAUAACCCCCCAGCUAAGCUUAUUCCGACUUAGUACC